AAUUAUAUAACAAUCAUAAGAUAAAAACAAGAGAAGAACUUAGGAUAAAACUUGAUUUCAUAAGAUCUAAGAAUGGCCAAAUGGAGUGCGAUCGUUUUAAUAAUGAUGACGGUGGUUGCUAUUGCGGUCACAGCAGAAGCAAAAUAUGACAGAAACGAGUGGCUUAAAUGUUUUCGCAAAUGUUCUAAACCUUGCAAGACUCACGAUGGUAAUUGUUCUAAACCUUGUAAAGUUCAAUGCGGUGGCCCAAACCCUCCUCAUGGUCCAGGAGGACCCCCUUCCUCCCCCUAGUUCUCCUCGAACUUUACAUGGGAUGACAUCUGCGGAAGUUCGCGAAGGGAAAGAAAGAUAAAAAAAUACAUAGAAAGUUUGUGAUCAUGUCUGCAGUCUUAACUUCUUGUUAAAAUUGAAUAAAUGUAGUGAUAAUAAUAUAAUUAUUUCUAAUUUA